GCACAAGCAAACAUCAAGAAGAAGCUGCCAGUCAAAAGUAGCAAGGAGCAAAAAAACAUUGCAGCUUUCAGCAGCUUCUGCUUCCUUUACAUAUAUAUAGCCCCAUCACCUCCCCCUCCCCUUAUUGCUUAGCCCUCUCAGCCUCUUCUCAUCUCUCUCUCACUUUCGAAUUCUCUCACCUCUCUUCCUUGAGCAAAUGUCUCAAGCCCUCUCGAAAUCUCCUAAACACUGCGGAGAUAAACAAGGACUGAGAAUUAAGAAGCACUACAAGAAGAUAUAUGCAGUAUUCUCCACACUUUCCACAGCAAUCAUCUGUUUAAUAUUUGUCGUCUGGCUUAUUCUACACCCCACAAAGCCUCAGUUCUCUCUCAAAGAAGCUGAUAUCUACCUGCUCAACCUCUCUGGAAGCAAUAACCUCCUCAACUCAUCCGUCCAACUCACCCUGCUUUCCAAGAACCCCAAUCAAAAAGUUGGCAUUUACUACGACGAGCUACAAGUCUAUGCUCAGUACAAAGGCCAACAGAUCACAGUGUACACAUCUCUGCCUCCUUUCUACCAAGGGCAUGAAGACAGCAAUCUUUUGACAGUUUCUUUGAUCGGCAAUGGUCUGCCUGUGGCUCCCUCUUUCGGUUAUGAAGUUGGUCGUGAUCAGACGGCUGGGAGAUUGAUUUUGAAUAUCAAAGUGCUCGGACGACUAAGGUGGAAGGUAGGAACUUGGGUGUCCGGGAGAUACAGAGUGAACGUGGAUUGCGUUGCUGUUAUGGCUUUCGGCCCUUCUCUCCCAUCAGGGCCACUCAGUACUAGGCAGGGGACUCGGUGUUCUACCACUGUCUGAACUGCUAUUACUAACAUAAAACACAGUGAUUGACUAGCUUACUUUGCUGCCUAGAUUGAGUCGUUAAUUUUGCUUGUACUUGUCUGAAUUUCAUUGCUUGGUAUUGAGGUGUGUUAUGCAGAUUGAAAAUAAUAGGACUUAAUGGAAUGAUCUGUACAUAGGUGAGAAUGAAAACCGUGUUUGUAGCUUGUAUUGUGAUCUUAAUUAUCUUCAUUUCUAGCAAUAGAAAGCGGGUGAAGAAAAGCUUGGUGUUGUUCAUGUUCUUGUAGAUUAUUUUCCAGUAAUGGAGAAGACAAGGAUGAAGAUUGAAAGAUGAGCGUUGUGGGUGUUCAUCACCUUUUCCUAGUAAGGUUGU